CGCUGGACCCCGAAGGGGGGUGGAUUGUGAUGUCCCACAUCGUUUGGAGAGGAGAACAAACCACCAUUUAUAAGGGUCUGGAAACCCUUCUAACCGUUGAGGGGAAAUCCAAGGAGGACAAUAUCUGCUAGGGGUAGAUCUGGGCCGUUACAAAUAGGGAAAGCCUCGAAAGUCGGGUCAUGACAAAAACAUUCAAGUAUGAAAAUUUCUCCCUAGCAUACACGUUAUAAAACUUUGACAGAAAGCUCUAGGAUGAAACAAAAGUAAGUACUACUUUUGGAAGGAGGGAAUAAAUGUGGGGAAUCUUUACUUUUGAUUAUUUAAUAUAUUUCCCCCAAAAGUUUUGAGAUGCUUUCUAAAAUAGGUCAAAAUAAUACUUUUUUAAUCAAAUAAACUUUACCAUGAAGUUAAAGUCUACUUUUUUAAAUCACAAAAAUAUAGAACUUAAUCACAUACAAAGACAAAACUUUAAACCUUUUAAAACUUUUGGGAAUCAAUUGUAAUUUUAAAGUAAUAGGAGGGCUAGAAUAAAAUUGCUCAAAUCUAUCCAUUAAAAUUCUUUUUUUAAUUAUUAUCUUAAACAAAAUAAUAAUAAUAAUAAUAAUAAUAAUAAUAAUAAACGAGUUUAUCCUCUUCAUAAUCCCUAUAUAUAUAUAUACAUGUAUAUAUGGUACAAAUUAGUUAAUAUUGUAGUAAAAGAAAAAAAAAAAUCCAUAUCGGAGAAGACAAUCACCGGCGGAAACCAAAGGCAAUGUUUCUAAGAAGAGUCGCCGUCGGUGCUACGAAACUCAAUGUUGCUCCGGCGAAUGGGCGGUUCCUCCUCCGUCACAUGUCUUCUCGGUACGGGUCCACGGCGGAGGAAAGGGAGGCUCGAGCUACUUGGGUUAAGCAGCUGAACGACCCCAUGGAGGUCGUUGCUCCGGAGGUGGUAGACAUCAUUGAGCUUGAGAAAGCUCGUCAAUUCAAGGGUCUUGAAGUUAUAGCGUCAGAGAAUUUCUGCUCAAGAGCAGUGAUGGAAGCAAUUGGUUCGAUUAUGACCAAUUCAUCUAGUGAUGGAUAUCCCGGUGCCAGAUACAGUGGAGGAACUGAGUAUGUGGACAUCAUUGAAAACUGGUGCAUGGAACGUGCUCUACAAGUUUUUCGUUUGGACCCUGCGAAAUGGGGAGUUAACGUGCAGACUCUCACUGGAUCCAUAGCUAACUUUCAGACAUAUACUGGAUUAUUAAAACCUCAUGAGAGGAUACUGUCUCUUGAUUUACCACAUGGUGGACACCUUUCUCAUGGUUAUCAGACGGCUACCAAGAAAGUUUCUGCUGUUUCAUUAUUCUUCGAGACAAUGCAUUAUAGGUUGGAUGAGAAAACUGGUUACAUUGACUAUGAUGGGAUGGAGAGAAGUGCAUCUUUGUUUCGACCAAAACUCAUUGUUGCUGGUGCAAGUGCCUAUGCUCGUCUGUUUGAUUAUGCACGAAUUCGAAAGAUCUGUGACGAACAUAAGGCAAUCAUGAUGGCAGACAUGGCACAUCUUGCUGGUUUAGUUGCAGCAGACGUUAUUCCAUCUCCUUUUGAGUAUGCUGAUAUUGUGACAACAACCACAAAUAAAUCCUUACGUGGACCACGAGGAGCUCUGAUUUUCUUCCGAAAGGGCGUUAAAGAGAUCAACAAAAAAGGAGAGGAAGUGCUCUAUGACUAUGAAGACAAAAUCAAUAACGCUGUCUUUCCUGGUGUUCAAGGUGCCUCACACAACCAAAAACUAGCCGGUCUGGCGAUUUCACUAAAACAGGCAAUGACUCCGGAAUACAAAGCCUACCAACAGCAGGUUCUCAGGAAUUCUUCAAAACUUGCUCAGUGUUUGAUUGAGAAGGGGUAUGAGCUUGUAUCUGGUGGAACUGAUAAUCAUUUAGUCCUUAUAGAUUUGAAAAAUAAGGGUAUUGAUGGGUCAAGAGUUGAGAAGGUUUUGGAAUGGGUUCGUAUUGCAGCUAACAAGAACACAGUUCCAGGGGACGUAUCUGCCGUGAUUCCUGGUGGCAUCCGUUUGGGAACUCCUGCUUUGACUUCGAGAGGCUUACUCGAAGCGGAUUUUGCUCAAAUAGCUGAAUUUUUUGAUGAAGGUGUGAAGUUGGCCUUGAAAAUUAAGGCCGCUGAACCUAAAGGCGCUAAGUUUAAGAAUUUCGAGACAACCAUGAAAUCAAAUAAAGAAUUUCAAUCUGAAAUUUCAAAGCUACGACGUGAGGUUGAGGAGUUUGCCAUGCAGUUUCCAACAAUAGGUUGUGAUAAAGAGACAAUGAAAUAUUGAGACGGAAUAACGGAGUCGGAUAUCUUCAUUGUUAAGGUGGCAAAUAUCCUUUCAAAAUGAUGCCCACUGACCCCCAUAGAUCUGUACGUUUCCACUGAAUUGAUGUGUCUUUUUUCCUUUGAAGCUUCCUAAAUAAAUGUUCAUUACAAGUCGUCUUUUUACGCUGUUGAUCUUAAAAACAUUGUAUAACCAAAAUAAUAUUUGAGAUAGAAUUAUUUUCUAUGAUUAUAUAUUAAUAAAGAAAAUGGAAGAGCA